ACGGCUCCGCCGGAGGAAGCAGCGCGGGCCCGACUCGCGCCCGCCCGCCGCCUCCGCUGCCGCUACGCUCCAGUCAGGCUCUUCUGGCCCAGCUUGACCUGAUCUGGCCGGCCUAGGCUCUGCGGCCGCAGGGCCGCGGCUCCCGAAGACAAAAAAGCUAAUGCAUUUGAGACAACGAUAAAAUUGGGGGGAAGGGAAAAAGCAACUGAUUUCCUGAUUCUCCAACUUGGCUGGAUGUUAAGAUGUCCGUGGACAUGAACAGCCAGGGGUCUGACAGCAAUGAAGAGGACUAUGACCCAAACUGUGAGGAAGAGGAAGAAGAGGAAGAGGACCCUGGGGACAUAGAGGACUACUAUGUGGGAGUAGCCAGUGAUGUGGAGCAGCAGGGGGCUGAUGCUUUUGAUCCUGAAGAGUACCAGUUCACUUGCUUGACCUAUAAGGAAUCUGAGGGUGCCCUCCAUGAGCAUAUGACCAGCUUAGCUUCUGUCUUAAAGGUAUCUCACUCAGUUGCAAAACUUAUAUUAGUUAAUUUCCACUGGCAAGUCUCAGAGAUUCUGGACAGGUACAGGGCAAAUUCUGCCCAGCUGCUUGUUGAGGCUCGAGUUCAGCCCAAUCCAUCCAAACAUGUCCCCACAGCCCAUCCCCCUCACCACUGUGCAGUGUGUAUGCAGUUUGUGCGGAAGGAGAACCUACUCUCUCUGGCCUGCCAACAUCAGUUUUGCCGAAGCUGCUGGGAGCAGCAUUGCUCCGUGCUUGUCAAGGAUGGUGUUGGUGUGGGGGUCUCGUGCAUGGCUCAGGACUGUCCACUCCGAACACCAGAGGACUUUGUAUUUCCCUUGCUUCCCAAUGAAGAAUUGAGAGAUAAAUACAGGCGCUACCUCUUUAGGGACUAUGUGGAGAGCCAUUACCAGCUCCAGCUGUGCCCCGGUGCAGACUGCCCCAUGGUUAUUCGGGUACAGGAGCCUAGAGCUCGCCGAGUACAGUGCAAUCGAUGCAACGAGGUCUUCUGUUUCAAGUGUCGACAGAUGUAUCACGCCCCCACAGACUGCGCCACAAUCCGGAAAUGGCUUACGAAGUGUGCAGACGACUCUGAAACGGCUAACUACAUUAGUGCUCACACUAAAGAUUGUCCCAAGUGCAACAUCUGCAUUGAGAAGAACGGAGGCUGCAAUCACAUGCAAUGCUCCAAGUGUAAGCAUGACUUCUGCUGGAUGUGUCUAGGGGAUUGGAAGACGCACGGCAGUGAGUAUUAUGAGUGCAGUCGGUACAAGGAGAACCCUGACAUCGUCAACCAGAGUCAACAAGCCCAGGCCAGGGAGGCCCUCAAGAAGUACUUGUUCUACUUUGAGAGGUGGGAAAACCACAAUAAAAGUUUGCAGCUUGAGGCACAAACAUACCAACGGAUUCAUGAGAAGAUUCAGGAGAGGGUUAUGAACAAUCUGGGGACAUGGAUUGACUGGCAAUACCUGCAGAACGCUGCUAAGCUGUUGGCCAAGUGUCGAUACACCCUGCAAUACACCUAUCCAUAUGCGUACUACAUGGAGUCUGGUCCUAGGAAGAAGCUGGCCCUGCCCGGCUACAGCCCCUCUCCUUUUGACCCUCCUGCUCUGCCCAUACAGUUUGAAUACCAGCAGGCUCAGCUGGAGGCUGAAAUUGAAAACCUGUCGUGGAAAGUUGAGCGUGCAGACAGCUAUGACAGAGGGGACUUGGAAAACCAAAUGCACAUAGCAGAGCAGCGGAGAAGAACCCUGCUGAAGGAUUUUCACGACACCUAAGCUGGGCUGUGGAUGUGCCGGGGUGAGGAAGAUGUAGCUGUGGGCGUCCCGGCUACCAUACUGCAUGCUGCAGGCUCUGCCUUCACGACCCCAGGCAACAGCCAGGGCCCCACUCCUGAGAGACACUGGCAACAACCUCUUAGUCAAUUUGUUUUCUCCUCAUCUUUUUGCUUUUUGUUUCUACCAGGGUAGAGGCCAUGUUGAACCGGCCUCUAGUAAGGACUUUUAUUAAAUUCUCCCUGGAUGGUUGUUGGGAGGGAGGGAACUUUUUUUUCCUGAAUGGCUAUUAAUAGUAUUAGAUCAUUACAACUUAUGUAAUUUUCAAAGGUUGUACGAUUAUAAAGAAAAAAAGGCAAACCAUAGGAUAACACAGAGCCCUUUUGAAAAUAAAUUGGCUUUGGAGUGUAUACCCUCUAGCAAUUUUACUUAGAAUGUAAUCUGAUGCUGCCCAGCCACCAGCCUCAGAAUAUCUGUGCUGCCAGGGUCCCUGGGGUGGCGUCUGCUUUCCAGCAUCCUGUUUGACGGUAGCUGGAGUCCAAGGGAAGAGCAAGGGUGGCAGAUGGUGGGGAGCUGAGUUGGCCUGCAUAACAGGCCUGGCGCACAGGGAGUCACGUGCCUCCUGCCUUCGCUGGGCAGCAAGGGCACAGAGCAAGCAAGGUCUCAAUAUGGCUUACUUUUAUUCUUCAAUUUGAGACUUACUUGAGUUAGGCCACCAAGCCAGAAGCCACAACAGAGCAGAGGUGGGCUUUCGCACCUCCAGACUGGGAGACUGGUUCAGCGUGGUGCUUCCUUUUGUCUCCUAAAGAUAAGAGAGCCACCUUUGAAAGGAAUCAUUCCCCGAAUAAGUUUCCUUUUCUUUGGUUGUUCCUUUUGAUCCAGUAUUCAAUGGUGUACUCUGACCAGGGCCACACGUGCGGUGUCCAACACUGUCUUACUGCAUUCUUGUGGACAUCAAGGUAGAGUUCAGCAUGGCCCUUUCAAGGGCAUGGGCCUUGUGGCUCAAGAGCUAGGUUUGCACAAGUUAUUUUUAUGUUAGCCUGGAGUGUGGCCAGACACUACUCUGGGCUGGGAUAUGUUCCCUUUCGCCUAGUUGCGGUUGUCAGAGGACCCCAUCUCUAGGGUCUGGGAGUCUAAGGCCAGGAGAAUGCCUGGUUGUGGUCCCAGUUCCUUUACUAGAAGGGGCUGGCCAGAGGAAAGGACCAGUCCUUGCACAGUCAAGUGCACGGGGACAGGCAGCUUGCCUGGUGUCCUUCCUGUCUUGAACCUGGUCCUGUGGGCCUUUGAAAAGUUAGAUCUGUGAUCUCUGGGGUUUCCAUGGCUUUGUUCAGUGCCUCCCUCUGAGACUGGCAGAGCUGUCUAUACUUGACAGGGCCUCCUUGAACUCCUAGGAGAGCCUGCAGAGAAAUCUGUGAAUAUUGCGAUGCAGAUUCUUUGAUAUUCAUACAUUUUCACCUCCAGUCAACAAUUACCUAGGUACCAUGUAAAGCUACAAAAUUGAGUUGUUUUCAAGACAGGUGACAGCUGUGACUCUUGGGGUACUUGGCCAGCUACACGUUCUCUUUCACCUCCUCAGGUUUUGUCUCUUCAUGUUGUCCCCGACAAGUGAGAGAUUGUGGGGUGAAUUGGAAGUAGUUUGGUAUGUAUCAAUUGAUCCCAAAAUAACAGUAGGAGCUAAUUGUAAACCAGGAAUAUUCCUACCGCAGGGCCCGGGGUGGCACGUGCAUUCUGUGCUGAUGCACAGCCUUCCAUCAGUGGCACUGCCGUGACACAGAACCAGAGUUGCAGCUCUGCAACCUAAACCCCUUGGGCGCUUUCUGAACUGCGCAGCUGACAUGCUACUUAUCAGCUGUGACCCUGACCAUUUGCACUGCAGGAAGCUUUGCCAGCCACAGCUGGUAGUACUUCACCUGUGGACGCCUUCCUUUUGCGCCCUCAGUGGCCAUCCUUUGCAUCAUUAUCAGGGACAUCUUAAAGGUCAGGCAGAGAUGUUUUUUGUUUUUUGUUUUUUUGGUUUGGUUUUGUUUGGCGUUUUGCCCUGCAAAGGGUAGAGAAAGAUGUGUUUUCCUGAACUGACCAGAUCCUUGUUUUUCUUUAAAGAAAAGUUGAGGUGAUGUCAUCUGCUCAAAGUUGAGUGGUUUAUCAGAAUAAACUAAG